UUUCUGGCUGUUGCUCUGCGUGUGUUUGACCUGGGUGGGUAAGCUUAACGUGCACAGAAACCGGACAAACAUUGUCCAGGGGACGGGCAAAGCAUUCUGCCCCGAUCCUCUUCUAUGUACACAUGCCUGCACACCCACUCGCUGAGUUGGAAUCAGACAUGGUGGAUGGAUCUCCCGGGCUUUACGUCCUGCUUUCAAAGCACUGUGGCAGUUUGGAUUCCUUGCAUCUAUCUUUGGGUUUCUUUUCCCUUCUAUUACCUUUACCUUCAGAAAAACUGCAGGGGUUAUAUCAGGAUGUCAGCUCUCUUCAAAGCAAAAAUGAUUCUUGGCUUUGCCUUGUUAGUGCUACACAUCUCAACCAUCUCGUACCUUCUUUGGGAAGCAAACCAAGGGGUUUCGCAGGCCCUCGGACUCAUAAUUAGCCCUACAAUACAACUAGCCACCAUGAUCCUAGUGGUUUUUCUCAUCCAGAUGGAACGGAUGAAAGGCAUCCAGUCUUCAGGCAUUUUGAUGGUCUUUUGGCUGCUGUCUCUCUUCUCUUCUCUUCUCUCCUUCAGCUUCAAAAUGCACCAUGCUCUGAAAGGGGGAUUCAAAGAACAGCCCUUCCAUCAUCUUUCUUUGUACAUUUACUUUGUCUUGGUUUUAUCACAACUAGUGCUGUGCUGUUUCACAGAUCCAUCACCUUUCUUUUCCAAAGUUAGCAAUGACUCAAAUCCUUGUCCUGAAUCUGGAGCCUCUUUUGUUUCCAAAAUCACAUUCUGGUGGUUUGCUCGGCUGAUUUGGAAAGGCUACUGGACACCGUUACAGCCAGAAGACCUGUGGUCACUAGCAAAAGAGAACUCUUCUGAAGAAAUCAUUGCCAAGAUGAAAGAUGCUUGGGAUAAACAUUGUCCAAGAACUGAACAAAUAACCAAAUCUGUGACAUUUAAAAGAAGGCAAACAGAGAGAGGAAAUGCUGAUGAGACUGCCGUCUUGCUUCAACAAGAAGGUAGCAAAAGCAAAGAGCUUCUAAAAUCUUUCUGGACUGUCUUUGGAACUUAUUUUCUUCUUGGGACCCUCUGUUUGGUCACCUGUGAUGUCUUCUUGUUUCUGGUACCAAAGACACUGAGUCUUUUCUUAGAUUUCAUCAAUGAUCAAGAAGCUCCUUCUUGGAUAGGUUAUUUCUAUGCCGCUGCAAUGUUCCUUCUGGCUUGUCUCCAGACACUGUUUGAGCAGCGGUAUAUGUAUAUGUGCUUCAUACUGGGCAUGAGGUUAAAGACAGCCAUUACAGGCCUUGUUUAUCGGAAGAUCUUGGUCCUGUCGAAUGCAGCAAAAAAAUCAACAUCUGUUGGUGAGAUUGUCAACUUGGUGUCUGUUGACGUGCAGAAGCUGAUGGACCUAGUUAUUUAUUUUAAUGGGACUUGGCUUGCCCCUAUCCGAAUUAUCAUCUGCUUUGUCUUCCUUUGGCAGCUCCUCGGACCAUCUGCUUUGACUGCUGUUAUUGUAUUUUUAGUUCUCUUACCUCUGAACUUUCUGAUCAGCAAGAAGAGAAGCCAGCUCCAGGAAGCUCAAAUAAAGUAUAAGGAUAGCCGUGCAAGGCUUACCAGCACUAUCCUCAGUGACAUGAAGGUCCUCAAACUACAUGGCUGGGAGAAGAACUUCAUAAGCAAAGUGCUGGGCAUCCGAACUCAAGAACUUCAAGUUCUCAAGAUGUCUCAGUUCCUCUUCUCUGCCUCUCUCGCAUCUUUCCAGUCAUCCACCUUUCUGAUUUCAUUCAUCAUCUUUGCAGUCUACACAUUGUCAGAUAGGACAAAUGUCUUGGAUGCUAAGAAAGCUUUUGUUUCUCUCACCUUGGUCAACAUUCUCAAUACUGCUCAUUCCUUCAUUCCAUUUUCCAUUAAUGCUGUUGUGCAGGCAAAAGUUUCCAUCAAUCGCUUAGCUACCUUUCUUUCUCUUGAAGAAUUGGAUCAAACUCAGGUGGACAUUGAUUCUUCAGACCACAACCCAAAUUGCAUCGUUGUCACAAAUGGAACUUUCCGCUGGUGCAGAGGAAGCUGUCCCUGCCUGAAUAGGAUAAAUCUUACUAUCCCUCAGGGAAGUCUGUGUGCUGUGGUGGGUCAAGUGGGGGCCGGAAAAUCCUCCCUGCUCUCAGCAUUACUCGGUGAACUGCAAAGAAUUGAAGGUUCUGUAGUAAUGAAGGGCACAAUAGCCUUUGUUCCUCAGACGUCCUGGAUACAAAAUGCUUCCGUGGAAGACAAUGUCCUAUUUGGGAAAAAAAUGGAGAGGACAUGGUACAACCAGGUGGUCAAAGCCUGCGCCCUGCAGCCAGACAUAGACAGUUUUCCAGCUGGAAGCCAGACAGAAAUUGGAGAGAAGGGCAUCAAUCUUUCUGGAGGGCAAAAACAGAGGCUGAGCCUGGCCCGUGCAGUUUAUACGAAGGCAUCAAUUUACCUCCUGGAUGACCCCUUUUCUGCUGUGGAUGCACCAGUGGGCCAGUACAUUUUCAAUCAAGUUCUUGGGCCAAAUGGCUUGUUGAAGGAAAAGACUCGGGUCCUGGUGACUAACACCAUCCAUGUUCUGCCCAAAGUGGAUAAUAUCAUUGUGAUUGUGAAUGGAGAAGUCUCUGAGAUGGGCUCUUGGCAAGAACUGGUACAAAAGCAAGGGACAUUUGCAGAUUUCUUGAGGACACACAACACUGAAGAAAAAGAGGAACAGGAUUUGCAAAUUACUGCUGGUCAUCCUGCAGAUGCAGGAAACAUUAAGAUGAUCCCCACAACUCCUGUGACCCACUCUGAAACCCCUGGAAAGAUGGGUGAGCCUUUGGCCAAGAGAGACCAUUACAAGCCAACAGAUGAGAAAGGAAUAAGACCAAAAGCAGAAGAUGAGAAGCAGGAAACGGGGCGGGUAAAGAUUUCAGUAUACCUGAUGUACCUGCGAACAGCAGGCUCCCUCUUCUGGGCUUAUAUCGUGCUCCUGUUUGCUUGCCAGCAAGUUUUCUCGUUCUGCCGUGGCUACUGGCUCAGCCUGUGGGCCAAUGACCCCGUUUCCAAUGGGACACAACCUCACACCCAGCUCCGCGUGGGCGUCUUUUUUCUCCUAGGAUUCACUCAAGCCGUUGGAAAAUUUGGGUCGGUAGCGGCUGUGUUUUUGGCUGGGAUCGUGGCAUCCCGUAGGCUCUUCCAGCAGCUUCUGUUAGAUGUUCUCCGGUCUCCAAUGAUAUUCUUUGAACAGACCCCCAGCGGGAACCUGCUCAACCGCUUCUCCAAAGAAAUGGACGCUAUUGAUUCCAUCAUCCCCGACAAGCUGAAGUCUCUGCUGGGCUUCCUGUUAAACCUUCUGGAGAUCUACAUUGUGAUUGUGGUGGCCACACCGAUUGUUUUAGUGGCUAUUCUUCCUCUGUCAGCCUUGUAUGUUGCUUUCCAGGUGUUUUUCGUCACCACGUCCUGCCAGCUGAAACGCUUGGAAGCUGCAAGCCGUUCACCCAUCUAUUCCAACAUCUCAGAAACCUUUGACGGGAGCAGCCUCAUUCAUGCAUACAGGGCCCAGCAGCGGUUUAUUUUCCAGAACGAUGUCAGGGUGGACGAAAACCACCGGGUGUCUUUUCCUGCAGUUGUAGCUGACAGAUGGCUUGCCACCAACAUCGAGUUUCUGGGGAACACCAUUGUCCUCUUCGCAGCUUUACUCGCUGUGGUAUACAAACCACAUCUCAGUCCUGGCAUGGUGGGCUUUUCCAUUUCCUGUGCUCUGCAGAUCACUGGCAUUUUGAACUGGAUGGUGCGUGCCUCGGCAGAAAUUGAUAACCACAUUAUGUCUGUGGAGAGAGUGAGAGAUUAUUCGCAGACACCCAAAGAGGCUCCAUGGACUUUAGAUAAUCAUCUCCAAGGUGACAGGUGGCCCACUGAAGGGGCAAUUGAAUUCAGGGGGUAUAGCCUACGAUACAGGCCAGAAUUAAGUCUAGCUCUGAAGAAUAUCAACCUAAAAAUCAAAGGGCAAGAGAAGGUGGGCAUCGUUGGAAGAACAGGGGCUGGGAAAUCUUCCCUUGCGAUGGGGCUUCUAAGGCUCGUGGAAGCUGCGGAGGGAGAGAUUGUGAUUGACGGAGUCAACAUUGCCCAAAUGGGCCUGCACAACCUGAGAAGCAAAAUUACGAUUGUCCCACAGGACCCAGUCUUGUUUUGGGGUUCUUUGAGAGUGAACCUCGAUCCCUUGAAUCAGUGUUCAGAUGAGGAUAUCUGGACCGCUUUGGAACAGACCCAACUCAAGAGCUGUGUUUCAGAUUUGCCAGGUCAGCUGGCCUACGAGUGCUCUGAAGGAGGUGGAGAUCUGAGUGUCGGUCAGCGGCAGCUCAUCUGUCUGGCCCGGGCCCUGCUUCGGAAAGCCAAAAUCUUGAUUCUGGAUGAGGCCACCGCAGCUGUGGACCUUGAAACAGACCUGCAGAUUCAGGCCACCCUAAGGAGUCAGUUCAAGGAAUGCACAGUUCUGACCAUCGCCCACCGGAUAAAUGCCAUGAUGGAAUCUGACCGAAUUUUAGUGAUGGACAACGGACAAGUGGCAGAAUUUGAUACCCCAGCAGCAUUAAGAGCCCAGAAGGGAUUAUUCUACAAAAUGGCGGUGGACUCAGGGCUGGUGGGGUGACUGAGCUGAAAGAACAGACUGGACUGCUGCUUUAUCUGAAAAAGGGACAUCUUCUUAUCCUUCCGUCUCUGAGCCAGCGAUAGCCAACCACUGAUGCUUUUUCUUCCUGUGUAACUGCAGAGCAGAUGGACAACAGAAGUCUGGAUCUUCCCGGCUUAAUUUCAGCAUGCCCCUCGGUGCGCCACAAUGCAGGAACCAGCAUGCGCGUGACCACGAUCCAUGCUGCAAGCUGAACUAUGCAUGGCUCGAGCAGAUGUUCUGCUGCCAGCCCGGACUUUGGCGGGAUUGUGUCAAAGAUGUCACCCCUUCACCAUGGUCCCCCUCGCUGCCCUGUUGCUUUGUCCCCAGUUAAAGCAAGGAAUAGCAGAACUGGUGCAGGCCAAAGCGAUGGGCAAAGCCAGCCAUUGUACCCUGCUGGAGACAAGUCCCAAAACAUUGCAAACACUGACUCCUUAGAUCUCCGCCUUCCAGAAGUUGCCAGGAUUCCCCUCACCCCAUAUUCCCAGCAUGGCUCGUGGUGGGUGCCCAAGGAUGCUAACUCCUUGAUCUAGCCUUGGUGGCAAUCAUAUAUCGAGGCAAAAUCAAAUCAUGCAAGGGCAGUUGAGAUGGCUUCUCAUCUUCAACUCUCUCUCGCUGCCUCUCUCCCUCUCACCCCUUCUCAGCCCCUCCCCUGGCUUGCAAAAAGAGCUGAAAUCCUCAAGCUCUUCUUUGUAAGGGGAAGUUUCCUUUCACUGCCCUCCUGCAUCAGAGCUGCCUCGGAAAGGGGAGGCCUGAUGUGGUUUUGCUGAUGCCGAGCUGGACUCCAAAAUCAUGGAGCUGCAGCAAGCGCUGGUUCUGUUCUCCAUGUUUGUGGUUGGCAUAUCAAAGCGUAAGUAGAAGGAACCGUGGAAACUC